UUGAUGGACUUAAGGAGCAGCUUUCGGCUCGUCGGAGCUUCCAGAUGAGGUUUUAAAAACGCCGUAAGUCCACAUGCUGCAGGAGGUGAACACUGGUCUCACUGACGAGGAGUGAAACACCUGCAGCAGGUGUGUUGCUGCCGAUGCCAACAGGAUGUCCUGCUCCUGCUGCUGCUGCAUGACUCCCAGCGGGGGGCCGCUGGAGGGGAUGAGGAAGGAGGAGCGGCUGCUGAGAAAGGGCGAGGAGGAGGAGGAGGAGGAAGCAGGAGGAGGAGAGGAAGAGGAGAGAAGGAGGAACAUGGACAUCUCUCUGCUCAGAGAACAGUACAGGUGCACCAGGGACAGACAGAGGAGACACACUCAGGUGCUUCUGUUCAGGACAGUCUCAGAGGAACUGUCAGAGGCCGUCAGCAUCAUCCCCGUCACUCAGGGUCUGACAUCGCCAUGGAAACCAAGCGGCACCUCAUCACCGUCUAUAACAUUUGACCCCGACCCCGCGGCUUACGACCCCUGGCACGUCCACCUGGACCUCCACCGCCGCCGCUGUCCCGGUGUGACGGCGCAGCUCACGACUUCCUCCCCUGAAACAACAAACACCAACAGUUCCUCCAGGUGUUCUUCGUCUUCCUCUGAGGCCGUAGGCUCCCGCAGGGUUGAAGAAGAAGACCGCUUCAACGCAGACGGGUCCAGAGGAGACCCAGAUACUGAAUCCUCUGAGAGAUCUGGAGGAGAUCCAGAGAAGAUGGAUCCAGUCCCGGUUUCUGUCUCUGGUUCACUCGAUGGUGGAUCCAAAGACGAACCUGACGGUCCCUGCAGUGUUUCUCUGGACCUUUCAGCUCGCAGCAGCUCUGAUGAAAGCUCCACCCCUGUCGCCUCCAUCCCCUGCUCCCCCAGCAGCUCCACCACCAGCCUACAGGAAGACCUGAAGGAGGGCCAUUCUGCAGGUCGAAAAACCAGGAACUCUGAACAGAACAGCAGCACCUCGGCAUGGAGGGGCUCCAGGAAGUCCUCGGCCCCGGCCCUCAGGUUCACCCGGCAGCUGAGCGUAGGAGGGGUGGGCUCCUCCGGGGGGGUCCACCAGAACCAGAACUACCACCCGUUCCCCAGCAGGAAGACCCCAAGGAUCUCUGAGGCCGCCCGGCGGCUGGGGAUGUACUCGUCCUUCUGAGAGAGUCAAGAAUCGUCCACGUUUGUCAGCCUGUCGAGGAACAAACGAAGGAAAGAGUCUCUGCAUAUUUAGACAAAUAAACAAGUAAUUAUGAACACUGAUAUGAAUGAACUGUCUAAACUCUGGAAAUGAUUUAAGAAAUGAUCAGAACUCCACUUCUUAUGAUCAAUUAUCAUUUAACAUGAUUUAUUCUUGUUUCCUUAUUUUUUAGUUUUUCAUUUAUAGGAGUUCAUUUUUAUUUCAUCAUAGUAAUGUUUCAUUUCAUAUUGGCAGCAGCAGCCAUUGUUGUUGCUCCAGCUAACAGGCGCUAAUAGGCUAAACCUGGCAGCAGAUGUUAAGCUUGUAGGAGGCCUGUGAUUGGCUGAAAGGUGAGAGGGCUUUGACAUCACCACUUUCAGGUACAAUGACAUGCAAUAUAUAAAAAAAACAUUUCUCAAUAAUGUGCUGAGUUUAAUAAUCUCUUCAGUUCUUUCAUGAUGUCUUUUAUUUAUGACAGAAUGUUCAUAGCCGUAUGAGACUUAAGAACCCCUCGGUGUUUCAUAGAUCUUCACUUCAAAAUAAAACUUUAUUGAAAAUAGCAGAAUUUUGGCCUUAAAUACAGACGUAGAACAACUUUAAAGGUAAGCCACAUGGACGAAGUAACUGAUCAGAGGAUCUAAGAUCCAGCUCAAAUUUAAGAGGUCUGUCAUAUAUUCUGCAACCAGUCCGAGUUGUGCUUACGCUCAAAUCAAACGUAGAGCACAGUACUGUAAUGGCAAGUGGGCAGGUGUGAUGUGUCUCUGGCAGCUUGCAGGUGUGAAAGUUGUCUCUGGCUCAGGUGGGAAGAGCGUGACCUGAAUGCCACUGACGGACAGGAAAUCUUUUAUUUUGGUGGUGGGUCCUGACCUGCUCUUCAAAGUAAAGGCACGUGCUCUAGUUUUACACAUCAUGUUGCAGCUGAUUAAAUUCAAACUGAUGAUGUUUCACAGUUCAGGCUCUCGUGUUUCUUCUCUCUCAUUUUCUUUCUUUACUUUAUCUCCUGC